AUGGCCCUAGUUCCGAGCUUCUUCACCGGCCGUCGGACCAACAUCUUCGACCCGUUCUCCCUCGAUCUGUGGGACCCGCUUGAGGGCUUCACCUUCCCGACCGCCGCCUCCUCCUCCUCCACCACCGGCCGGGAGACAUCCGCCCUGGCCCACACGCGCGUGGACUGGAAGGAGACGGCGGACGCCCACGUGUUCAAGGCAGAUCUGCCGGGGCUGAAGAAGGAGGAGGUGAGGGUGGAGGUGGAGGAAGGCGGCCGGGUGCUGGCCAUCAGCGGCGAGCGGACCAAGGAGCAGGAGGAGAGGGCGGACACGUGGCACCGCCUCGAGAGGAGCACCGGAAAGUUCCUCCGCCGAUUCAGGCUGCCGGAGAACGCCAGGAUGGACCAGGUGAGGGCCACCAUGGAGAACGGCGUGCUCACCGUCGUGGUUCCCAAGGAGGACGGGGAGAAGAAGCCCGACGUAAAAGCCAUCGAUAUCUCGGGCUGA